GUUCUCUCCAUUUCCUGCCAAAUUCACGGAUGUACCCUGAGCCAUUUUAUAAGGGCCCCCUGCCACCAUCUUAGGUGUAGACGCUCCUUUAAAAACACCCAGCGCCCUGAUCUCAGCUAAGGAGGGCAGUGGAUUAGCUACUGGGCGCCUUUUACCUAGGAAAAGCCACUGCCCAGGGGACUCACGGCUUUCCACAGUUUGUUCAUAAAGUUGAUGCUGGGCCCACAAGGAGUGAGCGAGGCGUGGUCUCAGCAGGCAGCCUGAUUCCCAGACCUCCUGAAUUUCCAGUGCUUGCGCAGGGGGCAGAGACGCAGCCAGUAUGAGCGGCCCCCAGGCGGCCAUAUCUGGCACUGAGGAACUCUCCACAUUCAGGGUCAAGCGCACGAACGGCCCGGAGGCGGCCGUGGCCGACUGGGAACACAGCGAAGUCAGGUGCACGAACAGCCCGCAGGCAGCCGUGGCCGACAACUGUGCUUUCACGGAACGCUGCCCUUCUGGAAAGUCAGCGUGGAGGCAUCUCCCCUUCGGAAGGUGAAUGCUGUAGCAUGUUAAUCGCCCCAAUCACCACAUGCAGCGAGGGAGGUAUUCAAGAAGGAACACAAUGCACCAAGUGUAAAAGUAACUGGGGGCUGAAGAUUUCCAUCAUACUAUUGUAUAUAUUAUGUGCCAUACUAAUAAUAACAGUAGUCAGUCUGGCAUACACAGUUUUAGAAAAAAUGGAUAAUGUUACUGGUGGCAUGGAAACUUCACACAGAAGAUAUACAGACAAACUCACAGAAGUGGAAAGUAACCUGAAGAAACUGGAUUACCAAGCUGGAGAGAAAGCUGUGAACACCAAUACAGAGCUUUCAAGCUUCAAAGCCGAUAUCUUGGCCCUCCGCCAGCAGCUUCGAGAGAUUUCAGAGAAAACUGCAAAGAACAAAGAUACACUGGAGAAGCUGCAAGAGUCUGGUAACGUUUUAGAUGACCAGCAGAGCCAAAUGAAAGGUGUUUUGGAUAGCAACUCUUUCAUGAUCAUCAGUGUCAACAAAACUCUCCAAGCUUAUAAUGGCUACAUCAGUGAUCUCCAGCAGGACACAAGUAACAUCCAGACAAGUUUGCAAAGUCAAAUGCACUCACAUAAUGUAGUCAUCAUGAAUUUAAACAAUUUGAAUCAGACACAGGUUCAACAAAGAGAUCUUAUCAGUACUUUACAGAGAUCUGUGGAUGAUACAAGUCAAGCUAUCCAAAGAAUCAAAAGUGACUUUCAAAACCUUGAGCAGGUUGCCCUCCAGGCACGGAAGGACACUGAGUGGCUUAAAGAGAAAGUGCAGAAUUUACAGAUAUUAACAGCCAACAACUCUGCUUUGGCCAAAGCUAAUAAUGAUACACUUGAGGAUAUGAGCAGUCAGCUUACUUCAUUCAAUGGGCAAAUGGACAACAUCACCACUAUUGCACAAGCCAAUGAACAAAAUCUGAAGGAUCUCCAGGAACGCCAUAAAGAGUAUGAAAACAAAACAUCUGCUAAGUUUAACCAGCAAGAAGAACGGUUUCAAAACUUUGAGGUAGAUAUAGUCACCAUCAUUAAUAAUAUUAGCUAUACUGCCCAUCACCUGCGGACACUAACCAGCAACCUCAAUGAUGUCAGGACAACAUGCACAGACACUCUUAGUAAACAUACUGAUGAGCUGACUUUUAUGAAUAACUCAUUAUUGAAUAUUCGCCUGGAUGCUACUGCUCUCAGGACACAACAGGAUGUGAUGAGGACAAGAUUAGAUAAUGAAGUAGCCAAUUUAUCAAUAAUAAUGGAAGAAAUGAAGCUGGUGGAUUCCAAACAUGGUCAGCUCAUUAAAAAUUUCACAAUACUACAAGGCCCUCCAGGCCCAAGAGGUCCCAAAGGUGACAGAGGGCCCCAAGGUCCUCUUGGUCUUACUGGGCCGAAAGGACAAAAAGGAGAAAAAGGUGAACCAGGACCACCAGGACCUCAAGGUGAAAAGGGACCAACUGGACCAAUGGGACCGCCAGGUGAAAAAGGUGGGAAAGGUUCCCGAGGUUCACCUGGAUCCAAAGGCCAGAGAGGUUCAACUGGGAAGACUGGUCUGCCAGGACCUAGUGGAGACCCAGGACCACCUGGACCAAUGGGCAGAGAUGGCCCUCAAGGCCCACCGGGCCUACCUGGACCCCAAGGUCUACAAGGAACUGUUGGUGAGCCAGGAAUACCUGGUCCUCGUGGAUUGCCUGGUCUGCCUGGGCCACCUGGACUGCGUGGUAUACAAGGACAACCUGGACCUCCUGGGCCACCAGGUCCAGGAAUGCCUGUGGCACUGCAAAGUGAGGCUAAUGGUUGUCCUGUUUACUGGAAGAAUUUUUCAGACAACUGUUAUUACUUUUCAUCAGAAAGAGCCAUUUUUGAAGAUGCAAAGGUUUUCUGUGAAGAGAAGUCAUCACAUUUGGUGUUCAUAAACAGUAAAGAGGAGCAGCAAUGGCUUAAAAAGCAGGUUAUUGCAAAAGGCAGCUUUUGGAUUGGCCUCACAGACUCAGCAAAGGAGGACGAGUGGCGAUGGCUGGAUGGAACCCUACCAGAAUAUGUCAACUGGAGUGCUGGGCAGCCUGAUAACUGGCAACAUGGGCACGGACCAGGGGAAGACUGUGCUGGGCUAAUCCAUGCUGGGCUCUGGAAUGACUUCCACUGUGAAGACGUUAACAAUUUUAUUUGUGAACAAGAAAUGGAAAAAGCUCAGCCUCCAGGAUUGUAAUAGGCUGUGAACUGAGAGACACAAAUUACUGAGAUUUCCUUAGAGAUGAAAAAUCCUCUGGGACUGAAUCAUCACCAAACCAAAAGAGGGAGCACUGAGAACUGGUUUUGAUGAGCAAGAUUCAUCAGCACAAUUCAUCCUCCUUGGCUUCUUAUUUUUCAGGGGCUUUAGAAUCUGUUGCACAAAUGUGUUUAUUGGAAAUGCAAUUGGACUGAACCAACUAUAGAUCAUCUUUAAUCAUAAAGCAUACAAAUAUGCAAGAUUUCUUCAAGUAAAAAAUGGACUAUGCCAAGCUGACUACAAAUAAUGAAUUUUCCAUUAUAGGGAUGGGGAGAGAAACAAAGCUACUGUGUAAACACAACAGCCACUUGCAAAAAUUCCAAAUAUAGGCAAAUUAUAUAAAUAUACAUUUAUAAAUAUAUAUAAAUUUUAUAUAUAAAUAUAUAUAGUCCAAUUCUGAUCAGUAAUUUAGAAUAUACUUUUAAAAGCUUUUAAAUUUUUGUAUUUUUGUACAAAAUAUUUUCCUAUUACAUUGGUCUUUUUAACUGCCUUUUUAUUAUAUAAAUAUAGUACACAAAAGCCAAAGAAGAUAGCAGUGGUACUACUCAUCAAUCACUAGAAACAAUUGCCAAGGCUAGGAAUAAGGUUAACAGCUAUAAACACAUAUUUUUGGAUUGAAAUAUAUACAUUAAUCCCAGAUAAAUGAUCCUUGUUUAGUAACUUUGAAGUUGAUUAUAGAUGGUGUUUGCAGUAUUUUAUGCAAGGGGCAUAGAGAGUGUUGUGAUUCCAAGGACAGAUAAGCUGCAGUCCUCAAAUGCCUUGUUUCUGGAUUGGUGCCAUUGACUUCUAUGGGAUGACUGCUGAGGAAGCCAUUGGGGAAUGGAGCAUUACAGCCCUGUCUUCAAGAACAGCUGGUGCUACUCUGUCUACAGGAAGAAUGAGUUAAACUGGAUGACCUUCCUCUCUAGAGGGUUUCCAGCAAUAUAAUAUACUGGAGGGUUCUUGGAACUGGAUUGUACAACAAAUAGUCUGGAUCUACUAACAAAAGACAGCACAAGGACCAACUAGACGCAUCAUUUGCAGUGGAGAGUGGAGCAGCAGGGAAACUACUUAAUCCUCUCCCUGCCUGCAACUGUUUCCCUCCAGAUCAACCCCUCCAAGUUGCACCCCCUCCCCACAGGGGAAAAUGACCAUCAGAAAAAGGGUUUAACAUCUCCUCCCUACAACUGCUGCUGCUCUGCUGCUUCCUACCCAUUCCAGAAGCUGUUUGGGGGGUUUAAAAAAAUACACUGAGAGAAAGUUAAAACACCUGCAUUCAACAUUUAGUUUUGUCCUUAGCUGGCACAAAUACUGGCAUUAAGAGACUUCUGUCAUAAGCAUAAUGUUCAGUAAAUCAUGCUUAAAUCAAAAUAAAAGGCAGAUGGCACAUUUGACGUA